CUCAAUUCAACAUCAUAGAUCAACAUGUCACUAGACGGCUAAAAGCAGAGUUCAUGCAUGUAGAAGUUGGUAAAUGCAGAGUUUCCAUUUGAAUUUGAAUGUUUUUAGUUCGAAAUUUGAAUCAUGGAGCUAUGGGUACUUCUUUUGAUCGUACCCUUGAUUACUGAAGAGUGGGGAAAUCAGAUGAUGGUCACUGAUGCGAUGCCCUUUGAACUUAUCAGGGCUGGUUCGGAAAUAUUGAAACAGAUUUCAAACGGGAAUGAAUAUAAUAUUGUCAUUUCAAACGAAUCAGGUAGUGAUCGUUCACCAACGCGGAGGGCAGAAAGGAAUAACUAUGGCCGUGACGAAUAUAGUAGCAGAUCAUCACCCAGAUCUCAAACAACGAUUACUGUCAGAUCUAAUCGAGAAGGCACUGCCAGAGGAUCUCCAUCCUAUUCGCCAUAUUACGGAUAUGAAGAAGAAAGAAGACGCGAAGAGAGAAGAAGACGCGAUGAGGAAGAGAGACGUAUAGCUGAUGAGGAUAGAAGGAGAAAGGAGGACGAACGGCAACGAGCGGAAGACGCGGAAAGACGGAGAAAGGAAGAAAGAGAGGAGAAAGAGCGACAAAGAGAAGAGGAAGAAAGAAGGCUGAAGCAGGAAGAGAACCGGAGGAAAGAAGAGAAAAGAAGAAGAGAAGCAGAGGGUAGAAGGUUGGAGGAAGAGAGAAAUAGAAAGGCCGAACAGGAGAGAAUACGAAGAGAGAAUGAAGAGAGAAUCAGGUUGGAGGCAAAACGGAAAGAAGAAAGAGAUGAACAAUUGAGAAAAUUGGAAGAGUUGAGUUCUGUAAAACAGGAUAACGGGAAUAGAAGAAAAGAGCUAAUUUACAGUCCGGAAUUGGAUGAUUGGGUAGACGAAGAUUAUUUUUCAUAGAUCAUAUUUUGUCAUAUUCUUCAAUAAUUAUUCACAAAAAGCAAAAAUUUAUAGAAAGUAGAUCAUAGGAUAGACAGACCCAAGGAUAGUAUAUAUCUAAGGAUACUUUAUACUAUGUAUUAUUCUUGGAUUAGACCUACUUUGGAAUCUCAAACACUGUCAAAAAAAAAUCAGAUUAGAUUAGCUCAUUAGAGAAUUGUAGAUUUAUAAUCAUUUUAUUAAUAGUGAAUUAUAGAUUGUAUUUGCAUGUAGAUCGUACGUUUUAGAGGGUUCCAUAAGAAGAAGGAAUGAUGCAAAUAUGUUAAUUUGAUAACUCAACAAAUUCCUUUAGCAAAAUUCAAAUGAGUACACAAAUUUGCAAGAAUAUCUCCAAUUAUAAUGCAAAUCAAUAAUUGAUAAGAAUUAUUGAUGGGAAGAAUUACUAUCUAUCCUAAAAUUAUAAAUCCUGUCAAUCCAUUUCUUUCUAUGUAAAUGCUUAGCAAUAACGACUGCAUAACUUUGAGAAAUAUUCCAUAUUUUAGGUUUGUUUGGUUGCUAACUUAAAUGUUUUCUGCUGUUAAUAAACCUAGUACUAAAGUUACUGAAUAAAAUUGGA